GAAAGAAAUUUUAUACAACGGGGGCAAACUAAAAGGAGACCGUCGCGAUGGAAUUCUUUGGGCACAUGAUGAUGCAUUCGCUCAAGUGAUGGGCAAAGAAAGUUCUGGACGUGUCCGUGGGGUCGGUUUUGGACCAACCCCAACAGGAAGAAGUGGGUCCAACCUUCCAUGUUUGCCUGGGCCGUCGUCCCCUGAAACGGCCCAACGGAUGACUGCAUUGGAAAAUUCGAUGAGGGACCAACUUGCUUACGCAGAGCAGAGGCAUCAAGACCAAAUGGCGUCAUUGCAUGCACAACACAAGGAGGAAAUUGCUGAAGCAUUGGCCGAAGCAAAGCAGGAGUCAGAUGCACGGCAUGAGCAGCAACUGGCCGAAGCAAUGCGUGAAUUAGAAACACGGCAUCAGCAGCAGCUGGCCGAAACAAAGCAAGAAAUGGCCGAAACAAAGAGGAAAAUGGAUGAAAUACUAGCCUUCUUACAAAAGACGCCAAGCAGUUUAGGUUUAAGCAAUUUGUCAGGAUAGCGCUACAUCAUAGGGAGGACUCUUCGUGGACAUUCGGAAUAUUGUAAUAUUGUAACUUUGUGGAUAUUCAAAAUAUUGUAAACAUGAUUGUAAUAUUGUCUCCA